AUGUUUUCAGUUUCUCCUGGUGAACUCGCUAUUCUUGCCUUUUCUGAGGCCCAAGAGAACACUUUUUCAGACAUAGGUGUCCUUAAUGGCAGAAGGAAAAAUGGCAGAAAUGGCUAUAUUAAAGAGAAAAAAGAUCUUUAUGGAAACACAGACUUUACCAAUCUCUACCUGGUCAAAUCAAGCCCAAAGUCUCAGUAUCAAUCCAUAACAUUCCAAUCUGAAGUUGUGUAUCCAUCAAUGCAAUAUUUGUCUGAUGCUGUAAGAAAUGUUUAUUUUAAUUCUAGAUCAAAGGAAGAGUUACAAACCUUCUCCAAUUUCAUGAAGGAAAUCUGGCCUGUGGUAGGAAGAGAAGUGCUUUCUGCCUUUGACCUGUCCCAGUUCCCACUCAUUUGCGAUCUGGGUGGAAACACUGAUGGUUUAGCUAAGGAAUUGACUUCAUUCUACCCAAAAUGUGAUGUGACCAUUUUUGACCUCCCUGAAGUAGUGGAAGCCUCCAAGAACCAUGGUUUGCCUUCGGAAGAGACCAGGAUCACUUUCCAUGCAGGUGAUUUUUUUAAAGAUCCCAUUCCUGAAGCGGACCUCUACAUUUUGGCCAGGAUUCUGCAUAACUGGUCGGACGAGAAAUGUUUGCAGCUGUUAUCCAAAGUUUACCAGGCCUGCAAACCUGGUGGUGGUGUCUUAAUAGUGGAAAUGCUUCUUGAUGAAGAUAGAAGAGGGCCUUUAGCAACCCACUACUACUCGAUAUUAAUGUUGCUCUACACUGAAGGGAGAGAAUGGUCAGCAUCCGAGUUUAAUGUGCUCCUCUGCAAAGCUGGUUUCCAAACAGUUGAGUUAAAGAAAGGAAGCCUCUUUCAUAGUAUUCUAGGAAGAAAAUAA